AUGCACAGGGUUAUCAGGUACCUGUGGUACAAUGCUCAAACCCCUUUCGAGGAAAUUUCACAUGCUGAAUCCUAUAUCGCACCGGGCAUGUGCCAGUGGCUGCGGAGAGCAGACGCUGAGGUUGUAUAUCGCCUAUAUCAGGCGAUCAUUCCUGAGUCAACCCGCACUAUCCUGGGCCACGAUAGACUGACCUGCCAACACAUUCUUGCUCUUCCAAAGGUGAGCCCCUCACGUAAGGAAAAGGGUGUGAAUCUGGAUCUCGUCACUAGUCCCAGCGACAAGGGUGGGCUCUAUACGGGGUCAACUAUAUCUUUUUUCGUUGUGCGGAUUCCGGCGCAUCGACGUGAGAUCCAACGAGAUGGAUCUGUAAAAGGUGUACAUUAUACGUACAUCCGAGAGAAUACAAACAGAAAGCCCCACUUUCGCGUGGUUGCUGUCUUCCCUCGAGAUAUGCCAGAGCUUGGGGUCGAAAUUGCGGACAGCGAAUGGCUAGUCCGCUUUCUCGAGGCCGUCAUCAUGAUCGUGCUCGAUACGUUCAAACCGGGGUCCUUACCCCAAUUCUCGAUAACCCAAGACCAGCUCAACCACUUGAGGUCCGAAUGUGGCCUCAGAGGUACGGUCUUUGAACCCCUGAACCGCGCUUUGCCGACAAAGCAGUCGGUUCGUUCCAAGCUACCAUCAAAAUGUAGCAAUUGUCCUAGCGAAGAGUCCCCUAACUGGUUCUUGGACUUUAACGCUUCGACAUUGGUCGCCGGCCGCCUUUGCAGCGCGUGUUAUCAAUGGAAGAAAUCACACGGCACUAACAGGCCUGCCUCCGUUUAUAACAGGCUACAUCAGCCAACCUCCGGGCCAUGCAGCAACCCAAGCUGUGGUGCCACAGAAACCACGCGCAAAUGGUAUCGCCACCCGAACGACAGGGACCGGGUUCUAUGCAAUGCUUGUCACGCAUAUGUGACUGUCAAUGACGGCACUGAGAGACCAUUGGAGACUAUUCUCAAGCGCCAAAAAGACCAACGUCGGUGUAUAGAUUGCCCUAAGUUUGGCCCAGGCGUCAUAUGGCUUGUAGCACAUGAUAAGCAAGAGGAAUUGCUGUACAGGUGCCAUACCUGUUACAACAGGUACGAAAGAAGCUUGCCAAAAGCUCAAGAUCAAUCUUCUCAGUCGCGACGAUGCAUCAGCUGUGGCGAAAUAACAAAUUCUAAAGACUGGCACGCAAAGUCGUCAAUGUGUGGAUCCUGCCACCAUGACGAUCAACAAUGGAGAGGAAAGCGGGGGCGAUCAAAUUGCUGGAACUGCCUCGAGCAAUGGAACAGGAAUAUAGUGAAGCGCUGGUCUUGUUCCCUCCGCGAGUGGCUAUGCAAUAAGUGUCAACUAAGCAUGAACUCAGGAUACCUUCGUAUGGCCGCCCACCACCUCGAAAACCUCGACAUAAGGUGCGAGUUGUGCCGUACUAAAUACAGCAAGGCUUGGUAUCCUGGAUGCAAAUCGACAAACUUGCCCGUGUGCCGACGCUGUGGAGAUAGGAAAGGCAGAGGUCGAACCGAUUUUGGCGAUCGUUCCAACAGCGAACGCGGCCCCGGUGAGCUCACUUACCAGGAAGCCCGUGAAAAUGCCGGUAAUGUGACCUUUAAACCCGAGUUCUUCGACUACAUGAACCGCGCCCAUAACAUCGACAGAUCGGUGGCGGUAAUCAAUGAAGCGAAGCAACUGGAGGAUUCCCUGAACUUAUAA